CAACAUCUGCGUUGGCCCAUGAUCUAGUGAAAUUGAUCAGUUAGUGGGACAAUAAAUGCAAAAGAAACUAAAAUAAGGUAAUGGGAUUAAUUUGGAAUGAGAUCUCAUCUGUGGACUACAAUAAAAACCUAUAGACUAAAAUCUAGAGGUAAUUGAUGAUCUCUUGCAUAAUAUAAUCUGAAAUCGAGAGAGCGCGGGACGACAGUACAGAGACGAGGGAGAUUUUUUUUUUGUUCAACGACGAGGGAGAAGAAUUAUUAAAAAAGAAAAAAGAAAAAUAAAAUUAAAAGAAAAAAUCGCAGCGGAGACGAAGAAGAAGAAGAAGAGUUGAGGAAGACGAAGAAGGUUGAGCUUUGUGUUACUCUCAACUUAGCUACCAACUCUCCCUUUCCGCAGAUUCUCAGGGUUAAACAAUGAGACCUAACACCAGGAACAAGAACAAACGGCCAAGACCAUCAGACGCUGCUGAUUCCUAUUCUCAAAUUCUCCGAAAGAUCCACGAAGCUAAUGAUGUAACUGAUGAAGACGUGAACCAACUUUUCAUGAUAUCCAAGCCACUUUGUCAAGGCUGCCGUGUCAACACUCGUGACAACCCCAACUGUUUCUGCGGUCUUGUUCCUCCGCCUAACGGAAGCCGUAAGUCUGGUCUCUGGCAGAAGACUUCCGAGAUCAUACAAGCUCUUGGUCCUGAUCUCUCCUCGGAGCUUCGUGAUUCUGACUCUACGCCGGCUGGUUUAACCAAUCUCGGAGCUACUUGCUAUGCUAAUAGUAUACUCCAGUGUUUGUACAUGAACACUGCGUUCCGUGAAGGAGUUUUCUCUGUCGAGGUUGAUGUAUUGAGACAGUAUCCUGUCUUGGAUCAGAUUGCGAGGCUUUUCGCGCAGCUGUAUGCUAGCAAAAAGUCUUUUGUUGAUUCGGAUGCUUUUGUGAAGACGCUGGAGUUGGAUAAUGGGAUUCAGCAGGAUAUUCAUGAGUUCUCGACUUUGCUUCUCUCCUUGCUUGAGCGUUGCUUACGCCAUUCUGGAGUUUCCAAGGCCAAAACAAUUGUGCAGGAUCUCUUCCGCGGUAGUGUCUCGCAUGUGACCACGUGCUCAAAAUGUGGGAGGGAGUCGGAAGCUUCUUCAAAGGUCGAAGAUUUUUAUGCCCUUGAGUUGAAUAUCAAGGGCCUCAAAAGUUUGGAUGAUAGUUUGAAUGAUUACUUUAGCUUGGAGCAUCUCAAUGGGGAUAACCAAUAUUUUUGUGGGAGCUGCGAUGCCAGAGUAGAUGCCACACGCUGCAUUAAGCUGCGAACCCUACCUCCUGUUAUCACUUUCCAGCUCAAACGAUGUGUUUUCCUCCCUAAGACUACGGCUAAGAAGAAGAUUACGUCCUCGCUUUCCUUUCCUCAAGUGCUGGAUAUGCGAUCGAGAUUGGCGGAGUCUUCUGAGAAUGAGUUGACAUACGAACUCUCUGCUGUGUUAAUCCACAAAGGAAGUGCUGUGAACAGUGGACAUUACGUUGCUCACAUAAAAGAUGAAAAGACUGGCUUGUGGUGGAAAUUUGACGAUGAGCAAGUGUCUGAACUGGGUACACAUCCAUUCGAUGAAGGUUCUUCUUCAACUGCACAGUCCGAGAGUAAUGGUGCCGCUAGUAGUGGGAAAACCAAAGAUGUCAAACAAUCAGGUUCUUCUUCUAUUAAGUCGGAGGUUUUCUCAUCCAGUGAUGCUUAUAUGCUGAUGUACAGUCUUAGAUGCGGUAAAAAGGAAAGUCAGGAAGGACAAAGAGAGAACCCUAUUGACAUAGCCAACGGAGAAGUUGCUAGUGUUCAACAGCCGGAAGGUUGUUAUCUUCCGUCACAUCUCGAUAAAUGGAUCAAUGACCUGAACGCAACAUUCCUUGAGGCGUGCAAGCAAUUUGAUUUAACAAAGGAAAGUCAAUUGAACACUUUGACUGAAAGGAGGCAAGAAGUACGGACUAUACUUUCAGAAGCUGCUGUUCAGUCACUUGAAGAACAAUAUUUUUGGAUCUCCACAGAAUGGCUUCGUCUAUGGGCUGAUACGAUUUCGCCCCCCGCUUUGGACAACACCCCGUUACUUUGUUCCCAUGGGAAAGUUCUUGCCUCAAAAGUUACUUGCAUGAAGCGUAUAUCUGAACUUGCAUGGACGAAGUUAGAAUCAAAGUUCAAUGGUGGACCAAAGUUAGGGAAAGGGGACUACUGCAGGGAAUGUCUUAUGGAUGGUGCUCGCAUGGUUGUCUCUUCUGACAGUUAUAGGGAUCGAAGAACAUUCAUGAAAAACAUAGCAACCGAUGUUCUUUCGGGAAAGUGCGAGGACGGAAAUUAUUACGUCUCUAAAGCAUGGUUGCAGCAAUGGGUGAAAAGGAAAAACAUUGAUGCUCCCAGUGAAGCAGAUGCAGGGCCUACAAAUGCAAUCACGUGCAGUCAUGGAGAGCUGAUGCCUGAGCAAGCGCCAGGGGCCAAAAGAAUUCUAGUUCCAGAGAAUUUCUGGUCAUUCCUUGUUGAAGAUGCUUUAAAAGUGACACCAGAAGAUACUUCGGGUUGUCAAUGUUUCCCUCUGGACUCCAUCCAAUGUUCUCAUUGCACAUCCGAACUUUCUGAGGUUGCAGGCGUCGAGGAUGCACUAAGAACAAUAAAGGCCAAGCAGCGCCAGAAUCACGAUAAGUUAGCCACGGGAAAGGGUAUAGCAUUAACGCCACAAAGCCGAUAUUUCUUGUUGCCAUCUCCAUGGCUAGUGCAGUGGAGGAGCUAUAUUAACAUGACUGGAAAAAAUAGUUCCUCAGUACCAGAGCCUGAACUUCUUGAUGGAGUCAUUAAUACUCUCACAUGCCAGAAGCACACUCGACUCGUUGAAAGGCUCCCUGAACUUGUCUACCGACGUGGCUCAUUAUUUCAAAAAAAUCCAUCUACGGAUAAGCUGGCAAUCAUCCCUGAGGAUGACUGGAAGUAUUUCUGUGAGGAGUGGGGAGGGAUCGUGGAGAAGGGAGUCUCUGCUCUUAUUGAGGCUGGUAGUAAUACGAAUCAGAGUGCAUCCCAGGACGUUAUUGACCUUGAUCAGGAUUCUUCUCCUGAUGUUAAUAUGGAGAUUGAUAAUCAGCAGCCUAUUAUCAGGACGUUCCCAGAGGUUUGUGAGGAAUGCAUAGGAGAGAGGGAGAGCUGUGAGUUGAUGCAGAAGCUCACUUACUCUGAAGGAGAUGUAUCUGUCUGCCUGGUGCGCGGAAAGGAAGCUCCAAAGUCGAUGUUGAAUGCAUCUGACUCGAGCUUUGAGGUGGACCGUCGUACUUCAAAGCGUUCCCGGAGAACUAACUAUGGGAAGCAUACCAGCUUGACAGUAUCUGCAACGACCACUGUGUACCAGUUAAAGAUGAUGAUAUGGCAACUACUUGGGGUGAUGAAGGAGAACCAAGAACUUCACAAAGGCACACAACUGAUUGAUCAAGAAUCUGCAACCCUUGCAGACAUGAACAUAUUCCCUGGCGACAAGCUUUGGGUGAGAGAUACCGAGAUACAUGAGCACCGCGAUAUUGCUGAUGAGCUUUGCGAUACGAAGUCAGGGCCUCAAGAUAUAGAAGAAGGUUUCCGGGGCACAUUAUUGACUGGAGAUAUCACUUUUGAAGCCUGCUAGUAAUUCUCUGAGUUAGCUGUGCAGGAGAUGGAUGACAGUUUUUUUUUUUGUAAAGGCAAAGGCUUUGAAGCUUUAUUUUGUGCGCAAAUAUAUUGGUGAAAGCUUGCAAAUGCCUGAAUCCGUAGAUGUUUAGGCGUGGAUGGAUUUGAAGCUGUUGAGGCUUUUUCUGUGUGUUUUUGGUGUACGGUUUAUUUUGAUGUGACAUUUGUGUUACAGAGCUCCUUAUGUGCAUAUUGAAGUUCUUUUACA